AUGAAUGUUCCCUCUACAUCUGAUGACCAGCCCAUACCACUCCUUUGGCUUUUGUCUGUGCCCCAACCCAGUCCCAGCCCCAGCGCCGCCCCCGCGGCCGCCCCCGGCAGCAGCGCAGGUCGGGCAGGCGGGGGGCGGCGGGAGGAGCGAGGCGCGGCCGGGCCGGGCCGGCACAGCGCGCAGUGCUCGCCCGCAGUGCCCGCCCGCGGGGAGGCUCCGCUGCCCGGCUACUGUUCUUGCCGGACUUUCGGGCUGCUGCCCUUUUCCAGACUUUCUGUGCCCGCGGCAUGGCCGGGGUGCCACAGGAGAGCGCCUCCCUUCCGCGCCUUCCGGGCCGCCGGCCCCGCCGGGUGCGAGUACGGGUACGGGCACGGAGACGGGCUGAGCGUGCUACGGGAGCGAGAGUUCCCCCGGCUCCGAGGGAUUACUUACCUUGACCAUGCUGGUUCAGCACUUUUCCCAGAGAGUCUACUUAAAGCUUUUACUGAUGACCUCAGAAACAAUGUUUAUGGCAACCCUCACAGUCAGAAUAUCAGCAGCAAGCUGACAUAUGACACAAUCGAGCAUGUCCGAUACAGAAUAUUGCAACACUUUCACACUACUGCUGAGGAUUACACCAUCAUUUUCACAUCUGGAUGCACAGCUGCACUUAAACUGAUAGCAGAAUCAUUCCCUUGGAUACCUGAAGGCACAAAGCAACCCAGCAGUCGAUUUUGUUACUUAACUGACAGCCAUACAUCUGUGGUGGGUAUGAGGGGGAUAACUGCAUCAAUGAACGUCUUGUCUGUUCCAAUAACACCACAAGAAAUCUUGUUAGCGGAAAGCAGGUUACCAGCUGAAGAACAAAACUGCACGACACCUCAUCUUUUCUCUUAUCCAGCUCAGAGCAAUUUUUCUGGUACCAAAUAUCCCCUUUCAUGGAUACAGGACAUAAAAUCUGGAAAACUCUGCCCCAUCAAAACACCGGGGAAGUGGUUUGUUCUACUAGAUGCAGCUUCAUACGUGAGCAGUUCUCCAUUAGACCUGGGAGUUCAUCAAGCUGACUUUAUUCCCAUCUCAUUCUAUAAAAUCUUUGGAUUCCCAACUGGUUUAGGAGCAUUAUUGGUAAACAACCGGAUUGCUCCCCUCUUGAGGAAAACCUAUUUCGGAGGUGGAACUGCAGCUGCCUACCUUGCAGGAGAGGAUUUUUAUUUCCCAAGGAAAUCUAUAGCAGAAAGGUUUGAAGAUGGCACAGUCUCUUUUCUUGAUAUCAUUGCUCUGAAACAUGGAUUUGAUGCUCUGGAAAAACUCACAGGUGGAAUGGAGAAAAUAAAACAGCAUACCUUUACAUUAGCUCACUACACCUAUACUGUGCUUUCUAACUUAAAAUAUGCCAAUGGGGCUCCUGUAGUUCAUAUUUACAGUGAUACAGACUUCAGCAGUCCUGAUGUCCAGGGUCCAAUCAUUAAUUUUAACGUGCUUGAUGAAAACGGAGAAGUGCUCGGCUUUUCACAGGUGGACAAGAUGGCCAGUCUCCACAACAUACAUGUCCGCACGGGUUGCUUCUGUAACACAGGAGCCUGCCAGAUGCAUUUGGAUAUAAGCAAUGAGGACAUCCGAAGGAACCUGCAGGCUGGCCAUGUCUGUGGAGAUGAUAUAGACCUAGUUGAUGGACGUCCCACUGGCUCUGUGAGAAUAUCCUUUGGCUACAUGUCUUCUUUUGAAGAUGCACAGACCUUUUUGAAUUUUAUCAUAGCCACCAGACUUUCCAAAUCGGACACUGAGACUCCUUUCAAGUCUGUUACAAAGCUGACAAUAGAGUCUGUUCCAGAUGACCUCCCUUCCUUUAACAAUGCAGACAAAUUGUCUCCAAUACUACAAAUCUCAGAUGGAGAACUCAGGAGUAAUCUGUCUGCGACAAAGACAACUGUCAACUGGCAGCCACUGGAGACCAAGGCUGAAAGCAUAAGGGCAGCUGUUUCUGAGACUGCAGUGCCAACAUGUAGGAAAGGUGGGAAGCCCAUCACUGUUGCCAGCAUUUACCUCUACCCAAUCAAAUCCUGCUCUGCAUUUGAGGUUACAGAAUGGCCAGUAGGAAAUCAGGGUUUGUUGUACGACCGAAACUGGAUGGUUGUAAACCAGAAUGGAGUCUGUAUGACUCAGAAGCAGGAGCCAAGAUUGUGUCUUAUAAAUCCCUCGAUUGAUCUGAAGCAAAAAAUUAUGGUUAUUCAGGCAGAAGGCAUGGACCCAGUAUCUGUCUCACUAGAAGACAACACUGAAAAAGAGGCUGUGGUUUGUGAGAGUAAAGUCUGUUCACACAGGGUAAAAACAUAUGACUGUGGAGAAAGAAUUGCUGGCUGGUUCUCUAUGUUUCUUGGUCGUCCAUGUCGCUUGAUAAGACAAAGUUCAGACAUGAAAAGCAAGUCACAUCAGAAAAAUACAAAAGGUCCGUCAUCUGCUAAAAACAUCUCACUCUCUCUCGUGAAUGAAGCACAAUACCUCCUGAUAAAUGUGGCAAGCAUUCUGCAGCUGAAAGAACACAUUUCUGCAAGAUUGGAAAAGCCAUUAGAAAUAGAGGAAUUAAUCCAACGUUUCCGUGCCAACAUUGUCGUCAGUGCACCAGAGUCCUUUGAGGAAGAAGAGUGGGCUGAAAUUUCAAUAGGUACCCUGCAAUUCCAGGUUGUGGGUCCAUGUAGCAGAUGUCAAAUAAUCUGCAUUGAUCAACAGUCUGGGGAACGAAACAAAGAAAUUCUGCAGUCUCUGUCUGCUGCCAGAGGCAGAAAGACAAACUUCGGCAUAUACCUGAUGAACCAGCCCUUGCACUCAUCCUUUUCAGACAUUUUAUCAGUUGGGUCUCAAGUACUGCCAGUGCUGAAGGAGAAUACAGAAAUUCAGCCUCCAACAUCCAGUGAAGAAAAAUGUUCAGGAUAGAUUCUCUGGUGGAGACAAAAUGUUUAUGCAACUUCAGGGAAAAGUCAGUAGUCAGUUACUCUAAAAAAAAAAAAAAAAAAAGAAAAAGCUUCCACUCAUUUGCUUCUGGUUUGUCUUUUAAUUUCUGUUUGCUGUAAAUGUUAUCAGAUGGCAAAACUUUUGAUAAUUACAGCUCACCUACAUGUUUUUGCCUGUGAUUAGGUUACAGCAGCCUCUGUUUUGCACAAUUGCUUCAGGAUGCAACAGGUUUGAUCAAGUUUUACUGGUGGAUGACUCCCAAAACAAGCCCAACUUCAUUGUCAGAAAGCCACAUCUCAGUGAAGGAAAGUAAAUACAACAAUACACUACUUCCUUAUGCUGCUUUGUUAAAACCACAAUGAGGAGAGAGGAUGCAAGACAUAUUUUAGAAACAAUGUGGGUGGGAAGGAACAGUGGGAGAGCGGUGUGAGAGUAGCAGUGCAUUCACCUUUUCAAAAAUGAAACUGAAGGUGAUGUGUAGACAGUAUGAAAGCACCGGAAAAGAGGGAAUUAUUGGGAAAUCUAUGUCUCCCCCUUCAGAAGUGAUGUGUGAGGAUGUCAACAAGGCUCAAAGAUCAAUGAAUAUUCAGGAUGCCUUUUGCAAAACACAUUCCUGGUGCAGGAAUUCCAUAUGUUUGUUUUCAACUUAUUUUCUCAUUUCCAUUUGUUCCUUUUCCUUCUGAUUUUUUUAAUGUGGUGACUUCCCUGGGGUUUUUUUGUGUCCUUACCCCUGUUAAGUUCCCUUCCAACCCAAACCAUUCCAUGAUUCUGUGAUUCUACGAUUCCCCCACUCUUGUUGUCUUACACAGUUGUGGAUGUUGACACAUUAUUUCUAAUUAGAGAUUUUUAAACCGAAACAGUAAUUUUCUAUACCAACUUUGUUUAUCCUGAGCAGUCUCUACUGGCCACUUAAGGGAACUCUUAAAAGUUUGGAUGCUUCUCCAUCAUGAAUAGCUCAAAGUAUUCUUUUUUCUUACUCUUGGUUCAUUUGAUAGUGCUCUCCUUAGAAGGCUCUUGAAAGCUCCUAAAUAAGACUCAUGCUUUCUGAUUUCUGAGAGCAAAUGUCUGAAAUCUAAGACUUAGUCUGGAAUAUUGAUUAUUGUGAAAAUUAAAAAAAUAAAUAAAGGAAGGCACAGAGCCUGAAUACAUUGAGGCCAGCUGUUUUAUGACCCUCAGCAUGAGUCCAGCCAGCCAUGGGAUGAUUUUAUGCUUCCAGGAAGUCCUUCUGGAAGAAGAAAUUCUCCUAAAUUGGCUGCGCUCUUGCCAUUUGGGAAGUGAAAUUUUGACCCCAUUAAAAGCACCUUCAGAACUCUCAUCCAAGAUUUAGAACUUCCUUGGGGCAGUUUUGGCUCCAGCUAUGUGAAACUGCUUCUGGCUGAAACAGUCCUUGAGUUGUUUGAGCAUAUCCCUGGAGGGAGGCAGGUGGCUUUGUGAAAGAGUUGGUCAAACAGUCAUUCUGAAAGGGGAGUGACAGCUACCACAGAGUAGCAUACAAUGGGAAAAGGGAAGCACAAAUCAGAAUUCAAAAAUGAUCCUUCUUCUUUCUCUCUUUUUUUUUUUUUUAAUAUAAUGGUUUUUUCUUUCUUUUGUUCUUUUGAAGAACUGGUUUUACUCACUUGAGCUAGAGCAGUCUCUCAGUAGAGCUUUGUAAUGGAAAUGAGAAGAGACAUUAUCAGUUUCUUACCAUCUGCCAUAAAGUACAUGGAAAGAGAGAGGUUUUUCAUAUGUAUGUAAACUGAGGAUCAAUUUUCAGAGUUGUACCUUCUACUUCAGAGCCCAAGGUCUGCUUUGAAAAGCAGGAGUUUUAUCUGUCUAAUAGUCAGUUGUUUGAGGUUGUAAUGAGCAGGCUUUUUGGAAUGUUGAAAAGCAGUUUCCUGGUAUCUAAAUGUCUUAACUGUUUCACUGUUUCUUUGCCUUUUUGUUAUGCAGAAUAUUGCCUUUUUGGAUAGAAAGUCAGUUCAGCAUUGACAGAUUUAAUAUGAAGAGACCUGUUGUAUGCUGAACUUCAGGUGAUCUCUGGUGCUUUACUCUGUCCUCUUCACCUCACCACUAUGCCAUUUAUUUAAAAUGACACAGAAGUUAGAAGAGGAAAUUGAAAGCAAACCUCAACAAGCUCUGUUUCACUUGUUAUUUGAUUUACUACAAAAUAAGUCACUUUGGCACACAGUGGCUUGACAAAUACUGUUUGUGAAUAGCUGUAAUGCAAUGUAUGAUAACUAUGGAUGAGAGGAUUUGAACUUUAAAAAUGUCAUGCUUGGUCAUUUUGACCUAUUAUUUACAGGCAAUUACACGUUCUCUCUGCUGUAGCUUAGUAAUAUUAGAUUAAGAAUAAUUUUGCCAUUUUAUAGGAGGAAAAGAAAGAUUUGCUCUGGUGUAUGAACAUACUCAUUAGUAUAGACUGUGCAUUUCCCAGAAGGAACAUUCUUGUGAUACAGUGAUAGGAAAUGUCACAAUGCUUCAGAUUGAUGGAAGAUACAUAAGGAAUCUUUCAUCUCAGCAAAGGAUAAUAUUUCCCUUCUAGUAAGUGGAGUGUUCCUACCAGUAUUGAUAUGUCUUUCCAUCAAUGAAGACAAAUUCUUCUCGGUGCCAAAACUCAGUGGAAAAUCUUGAAAUAGGAAGAGUAAAUUCUAAAUGACAUGCACUGUAAGUUUGUAGAAAGAACAUCCCUCCCAUCAUGUGAAAUAAAUUUCAAAGAAAGAAGAAAUUUAACAUACUGCAACCCCAGGUAGUGCAGGUACAAAAAGGGCAUAAACACUUUGAAACUGUAUAGAAAGAUUGUAUGUUCUAUAUGGAUUUAUUUCUUAACCUUCCAAGUAUAUAGAAAAAAAGAUCAUUUCAUAUGAAUGCAGGCUCUUUCAUCUAAAUACUCCAAUUACUGCAAAAUUAAGUCUUUGGACUAAUUGCAGAUAUAUGUUUGCCUUCUAUGGAUAAUAAAUGUACUUAAUACAGUAUUUCCAGAGUGCUGUAUGUACAAAAUCCUCUAUAUAUUUGAAAACCAAAUCCAUAUUUCCUUGCAAUGAAUUAUUCAAACACAUUUUAUUCUCUGUGGGACUUAGCUCCUUCUCAAAUCUCAAGGCAAAAAUGGUGAUUAUUACAAGCUCUAAUAAUAGCCAGGAGGCUGAAAUCACAAAACAGAAAUCAGUAUUUUUAGGAGAAGCUUCUGAGCUCUGUGUUCUCUGAUAUGACUAAGAUAUUUCAGAUACAGUUUAUGAUUUAUAUACUUUCAAUGGCUUCCUUCAAAGUAUUUUAGGUUAUCCUUCCCUCAAAAUUAUACCCAAAUCAAAAUAAAGGACUGCAUAAAAAAUGUGAUUAUUCCUCAUAAAUUGUAGAGAUUAUGCUAUGCAACUUGUCUUCAAUCUAGUUUUUAACUAUCUUGGAAAUGAAACCAAUAAAAUAUAUGUUGUGCUUGA